AUGGCUUGCAAAAGUGCUUUAUGUGAACCAUGUUUAUAUGUUGAUUUAGAAAUUGAAGCGGAAGGAUUUUGUUCGACCUGUGCAGAGUGUCUUUGUUCGAAAUGUAUUAUAGAACACAAGAAAGUUAAAUUAACAAGAAAUCAUGUAGUUACUCGAGACAGUGUACCAGAUAACGGGGACGUUAUAAGAGAAAUGAAUGAAAUGCUUCUCUGCUCUGUUCAUAAAGAGAUGAAGAUUUCAUAUAAAUGUAACGAUCACGCAACUUAUAUGUGUACCGUGUGUCGUGUAGACACCCACAUGGACUGUGAACAUGUAUUUGAAAUUGCCAAAUGUGACGGAGUAUUAGAAGACAUACAUGACAGUCUCGCAGAUCUCAAUCUGUCCGUAGCGUUAUUGAAAGAAAGAAAACAGGAAAACAGGAAAUUAUUGUAUCUUAGUCAGGCUGAAAUUUUAAGCGAACAGGAAAUGAUAAUCCAAAAAGCCAUUAAUGCCCUUGAAGAAUUAAAAGUAAAAUUCGCAAAGGAUACAGACGAAAAACUGCAGGUUGCAGUCUCUGAAAUCGAUAAAGGCAUUGAAUCAGUUAAAAUUAUCGAGCAAAGAACUGUGAAAAAUACAGAAAUUCUUGAAGCAGCUGAGAAAUAUGGCGGCAGCACAUGCCAUAAAGUUAUUGAACAUUUAUUAGCAGACGACAUUUUGAAGCAAAGGGAAAUGGUCAAAGAUAUCGACAAACAAGAUGAGUAUAGGCUGUUGUUUGUGAAAAAUGAGGAUAGCAUUCAAAUGUCAUCUCUUGGGACACUAUCUUUAGUAUGCGAUAAAAAGUCGGAAAAUAAGCCAGAGUGUUUUGAGCUAGGAAUAGAGAAAACAAGCGAUGAAUUAGUAGAAUGCGAUAAUAUAUUACUUGCAAUGAACACGGAUAAAAAAGGCGAAGGGCACUCUUUGCCAACAACUUCGGAAAAUUAUGCAACCACAGAGAUACGAGAAAUUAACGUCGAAGAUUGCAACGACAAAAGUUAUUGUUCGAUUUAUGGGAUAUCAGUUUUAUUAGACGGAAGUCUUGUCAUAAUUGACUUUGAAAAUACAAACAUGAAACUUUUGUCAUCUGAUUACACACUUCUCGAUGUGCUGAGACUUCCUGGAAGGCCUAUACGAAUAUGCUGUAUAGGAGACAACGAAGUAGCUGUAAGUUUUGAAAGGGUGAAGCGCAUUAACAGGUAUAGUAUUGCAGGCAACACUAUUUCGUAUGAUGGAGGCUUUCCAACAUCAUUAUUCAAUCACGGAAUAGCAUACGACAGUACAAGCAACAGCAUCGUUGCAAUAAUGGGUGAUGAGGACUUUAGCUCCGAAAUUAAUGCAAAAGAUGAUACGAUACAAAUUGAGUUCAGGAAUCCCUUCAAUGGGAAGUUUAAUGACGUAAUAAGAGACUUCAUGGUCGAAGGAAAUAAAACCUGGUCGCUUGCACUCAGAAACACACAAGCUAUACAAAUAACAGAUGAUAGAAAAAUAAUAAUAGCAGAGAAAAACAGAGUAUUGUCCUUCAACCUUCGCAUAGAAUCAGACAAGAUCACUGCUAUAGAAGAAAAUUUCUACGUUUGCAGGGGAGAAAUUCUAAAACAUGAUAUUGAAAAUAUUGCCAUCGACGACGAAAGCAUUUUUGCCUGUACUAAAUCCGGAUGUGUUUUACAGAUAUCUGCUUCUGACUUCACCAACAAUAGAGUUUUAAUAUCAAACACAGAUUCGAAAUUUCUCGCGAUAGCUGUGGAUGAAAAAAGCGGUCGUAUUAUUCUUGGCUCUAAGGACGAAGAUAUAAUUCGUGUUUACGAAUUUAGGAAGAAAUUGUAA